CAGGAUCCCUGUUGCACGCAGGCAACAUGGGUCACGUUAAGGUCGUGAAGUCGGGUCCUUACCACAGCAGGUAUCAGGUCAAGUACCGGAGAAGGCGAGAGGGAAAGACAGACUACCGUGCACGUCUGAGGCUUACUACCCAGGACAAGAACAAGUACAACACCCCCAAGUACCGCUUUGUGGUGCGCUUCACAAACAAGGACGUCAUCUGCCAGGUCGCCUAUGCCACUGUUGCUGGAGACGUCAUUGUGGCAUCUGCCUACAGCCACGAGCUGGUCAACUAUGGACUGUCAGUUGGCUUGACCAACUACGCUGCCACAUACGCUACUGGCCUGCUGCUGGCCAGGCGUGUGCUGACCAAGUUUGGCCUGGCAGAUGCCUAUGUUGGACAGGAGGAGGCGACAGGCGAGGACUACAACGUGGAGGCUGCUGAGGAGGGCCCCCGCCCCUUCACAGCGCUGCUGGACACCGGCCUCAAGCGCACCUCCACCGGCUCCAAGGUCUUCGCUGCCCUGAAGGGUGCGCUGGACGGCGGGCUGGACAUCCCGCACAGCGACAAGCGGUUUGUGGGGUACAGCGGCGAGGACAAGAAGCUGGACCCGGAGGUGCUGCGCAAGCACAUCUACGGCGGCCACGUGGCAGAGUACAUGGAGGAGAUGCAGGAGGAGGCGCCCGAGAAGUACCAGUCCCACUUCGCCAAGUGGAUCGAGGCCGAGGUCGACCCCGAGGACAUCGAGGAGCUCUACAAGGGGGUGCACGAGAAGAUCCGGGAAAACCCCAUCGGCGAGAAGAAGGAGCGCAGCAAGCCAGAGACUGCCCAGAAGAAGUGGAAGCCCAGCAAGCUCACCUACGAGGAGCGCAAGGCCGCCCUCAAGACCAAGCUGGCGCAGCUCAAGGAGGGCGGUGCUGACGAGGAUGAGGAGUAGGCGACACUUGGAGCGUUGCCUGGUGUGUGUGCAGCCUGAUGCUUGUAUGUAGGUCUGCUGGGUGCCAGGGAUGUGAGCAGUUCUGAUCAUUUCAGCUGUCUUAUUUGGUACAGCAGGCAUGUAAAAUGAUUUGUGAAUGC